GAAGCUUCAACUUCAUGAGCCCAACUCUUGACUGCCGCGUCUUAAAGGAUCAUGACACGCUCCGGGCGGCGGACAACGCGAAAAAAAGCGACAUGUUGCACUUUUUGAAGCUUAACACCGGUUUUACACAAACAGCGAGAGAAGAGAAGAGAAAAGUCGGGUUCAUUUCCAUUGAUUUCCAAUCUUAGUAGUGGUAUCAGUUCAACUUGGAGCGCUGCAAGGAGACUCAGCAGGACUCGAGAAAAGCAGGUUUUACAUGUUAUAAGUCGUCGCUGUUGUUCACUUGAGGGCGAUCAUGUGGAGGAUAUCCGCGGCUGUGCAGAGGUUUCCUGCCCUGGGGCUGCGGCGGGCUGCUCCCGGCUGCUGCAUGGGGACGCACGGCCGGAGCGAGCCGGCGGAGCCGCUCGACUCCCCGGGCCCGGCCAAGGACUUCAUCUACCGGCUGCAGCCGCGCGAGAGGAGCGUCCUGCUCCGGGAGCUGCAGAGCUUCACCUCCGCAGCCAUCGCUCAGGAGACAUUGCAGCCAUCACCACCAAAUGCAGCCCAGAUCAGACACGUUUUAUUCCACAAUGCCAUCCCUUUCAUCGGAUUUGGUUUUCUGGAUAAUGCCAUCAUGAUCGCAGCAGGAACACAGAUUGAACUGUCCAUCGGAGUCACUCUGGGAAUCUCCACCAUGGCAGCGGCAGCUCUGGGGAACCUGGUCUCAGAUCUGGCAGGUCUCGGUCUUGCAGGUUACGUGGAGGCUCUGGCGUCCAGACUGGGGAUGCAGGGUCCAGAUCUGACGCCCCAGCAGGUGGAUAUGUGGCAGACCAAAGUCAGCUCUCACAUGGGCAAAGCCAUCGGCGUGUCCAUCGGCUGCAUCCUGGGGAUGUUUCCGCUGUUCUUCCUCGAUGACGACAAAGACAAAGAUAAAGAGAAAGAAGCCAAGUCGCGCAGCGACGCGGUAUCAGACUCCUCCUAACCGGCCGCCUCGUCUCAAACUGGAUUCUGCUGCUUGUUGUUUCUGUUCUUAUUCAGUAGAAGGUAUUUGCAGUCGGACGUUGCCCCGUCACGCCGCUCACACGGCGUUCCCUGUAAACCUUUUAGAGGCAGUUUGUGAGUUUGAAGCCAAAAGGAGACUGUAUUAUGAUUGCUUUAUUUUCAAAGUCGUCCCAUUCUUUUUUUUUUAAAUCAAUCCGUCGCUUCAACAGGUCAAACUUUUGAAUAGAAACCGAAAAGAGACGAGCGUUUGUGGACGUGAGCGUUGUCGUCUCAGUCCUGUAAGAUUACUCCGUCAGCCCGUUAGCUGGUGCUUAAAGGAAGAUUAAGAAACAACCGUCCCCAGAUUCUCUUCAGGUGGUGACUUUGACUUUCACAAAUCUCAUUUUUAUGAAACCUGUUACCAAAAAGGAAGUCAUAUGCUUCUCUCUGGGUGUAGCGUGGAGAUGUGACUGUUAGGCUUUGAUAUGUAGCGUAGAGGAGUCACCAGUUUAACUAACUCACUGCAAAAACUCUAAAUCUUAACAAGAAUAUUUGUCUUAUUUCUAGUUAAAAUGUCUCAUUUUUAGUCAAAAAAAUCUCAUUACACUUAAAACAAAACUCAUCACUGGAAAAAACAACAAGUUUCACCUGUUUCAGGUAGAUUUUCACUUAAAAUAAGUAGAAAAAUCUCCCAGUGGAACAAGAUUUCUUUCCUUGUAAUGAGAAGAUAAAUCUUUUUUCUUAUUUUUUUUCUACUUAUUUCAAGUGAAAAUUUACUUGAAACAGGUGAAAAUUGUCAAAUAACCAGUUAUUUUUCUGGAAAUGACUUUCCAGACUUGUUUUAAGUGUAAUGAGAUUUUUUUUACUAAAAAUGAGACAUUUUAACUAGAAAUAAGACAAAUAUUCCUGGUAAGAUUUUGAGUUUUUGCAGCUCACUCACUGAUGAGUCAGCUGGUCCCAAACUAACAAAACAGUUUGUGAUGUGGUGCAUGUUCCCAAAAUAACUGGACAUGUGAAGUUGGGAUCUAGAAGCACAGGAUCAAGGGUUUCCAGACAAAUAAUCUUUCUAUAGGAUCGAUUGAGGAAGUUCUCUUAGUGUCUUGCAAAAAGCUGUCGGUGAAUUUGCCUUUGUUUUCAAUCGGGAAUUGUUAUUUAAAAAAGUUUAGUUUCCAGAGUUGUGAGUUCUGCCUUGGGCGGCGCUGAUUUUCCUAAAAUAGGCAAAGAGGUUUUCUGAGCAGCUUGACGUCCCGGCUCUCAAAACGGCCGGAAUUCACUUCUCUUCACAGAAAAAAACAAAGAGAAUCCUUAAAAAGUGUCAGAUUCUCUGGACAAGCAUCAACCUAUUUGACUCAAAGCACUCCAUCAGUAUUUUGGAUCGGCACCACAAGCCCGUCGGCAGAUCUUUGUUAGUGCUGCUAAUUAGAUUCUCUGAGCCGCUGGAGGGGAUCGCUGAGUUUUCAGCACCGUUGAGACGGAGAGGUGAUGCAGGGUGGGGAGACUAUAUUAUACUAAUAUUAGACUAUUAUUAGACUAUAAGUCCCCAUCUUGGCAACUGAUCACGUUCUUCAGAGCUUCACUUUUUGUUUAAUUUGCCGUCUGGUCUCACUUAACAGAAGGAAACUGAUCCUGGUGAGUCCUACGCAGUGACGAAUGCCAAUCUAAGAUGAUAAAAAUGAAAGCACUAAUGCUGGCACAGACUGAGGGGAGAUUAUUCUCAGGAAUAACUCCUUCCCCCGUUUCAGUAUUUAUUGCUGCAUUCUGCCGGCUGAUCUGUUUUCAAGCAGACGUUUUGAGCUGCUUUCCCCCGUUUAUGCCUCGGCUCCCGACUCGCAGAAUCAAAGUUGUUGCAGUCCGACGAUUCUCAGGAAUCAAAAAAGCACAAAUGUCUCACGCGAACGCUGCCUACGUAGCUUCCAGGUGGAGAAGCAUCCUUCCUCUCUAACUAAUCCUGCAGCCAGUUGCACUUUCCAACCAACAACUUAGGAAAAAAAAAGACUGGUGACUGCAGAAACACAAUCAGUAGACACUGAGACUGCUGCAGCAUGUAAAUACAAGAAAGUAGUAGACACUUUAUCAGUUUGAAGACUUUAUCUCUAAAACACUAUUUAUUAGACUCUAUUUUACUUGAGUGACGGAGUGAAAACUCCGUCUCCUGCAUCUUCAGACUUCCACAAACAUCAGUGCCAUCUGCUACCUCCAGGAUGAUGUUUCUGUUUUGCAUGAAGAACUCAUGGAGCUGUGCAAUCUGUUUUUUUUUUUUUUUUUGUUCUGUUUUUCGUCUCAUUGGCUUGUUUUUGCUGGAUGUUUAAGGGCCCUCAGAUGUUUUGCGUGUCAUGAUUAUGUAAGGAUAAAGGAAGUGUUCAGUGGCGGCGCGCCUCAUUUGGAGUCGAAGUUGAUUUCUUUUGGUCAUCUGCCUUGUUUUGUAUCGGUGCUUUUCUUUCUUUUUUGCACUUUUUCACCACCUUUUCCAUCUUUAACUCAUUUUCAUCAUUCACAUUGGUGUCUUUAAUCUCACCAUCUGGGUUUUUUUGGGUUUUUUUUUUUCUGUCAAACACGAACGAAGGUCCAGAUGGUCCAGUCUGAAACACUAAGACACUGUUCUGUCUCUCUUUCCUCACCCUGUCCUUUAUCUUUCUAUAACACACUCACUCCAUCACCAAACCUGCUGGGUGACAUUUUUAACUGCCGUUGCGUCCAACAUCUCUCUCUUCAUUCAUUUGCUUUCUACAAUCUAAUUUUAGUGUCUGAAUUUGGGCGGCAAGCAGGAGGUAUUUUGUUGCUGGCUGAUCUGUAAACAGUUUUCUUUUUUUUUUUUGAUAGUCACUUGAUCACAGAAACGUAAAUCCUGAUGUCUCCUAGAAAAAACCAGAAUGUCCCGCUACUGCGCUCCCUCGGAGCUGAAUGUCACAUGUGAGGUGGGGUGGGCGUCUCAGUUGCAGAAGAGAUUUAAAUUUGCUUUCAGAUUAACUCUAAAAUCAUAGAUGGGAAAUUAACUGGAGAAAUGUAUGUUGCAAAGAAUUGCAGGCAGUUUACCAUCUGUUUGAAUCAUGUGGUAGAUAGUCGGCGGUUUUGUUAUCGAACAAUCUCAACUUGUAUCGUUUUGCAUCAAGUUUGAUUUUUUUUGUGUUUGUUUUUUUAUGGGUGGUGUUCUCCACUAAUGAUAUUUUGAUUAAUAGUCUCUGAAAUGAAAACAGAACUGUUCUGAAGCAUGUGAACAACAGUUUGCCAUCGUUUUACUGUCGGUAAAAUGGUGCAGUUUUGCUGCCAUCUAGUGGACAGACUGGGAAAUGUCGCUUUGCCGCUGAAACACGUUUGUACUCUAAACUCUGUCUAUACGUACAGUGAGUAUACGUUUUCCAAAAUUGUGUGCUACUAAUAAUGAGAUAAUAAAUAUGAGAGUGUUUACUGGUGAUGUUGUACUGAUUGUUGGUUUUAUUGAUCGCUGAUG